AUGCCAAGUAUAUCCUUCGCAGGAGCUAAGAAACGCAAGACGCGUCAUUCCGGUUACACCUUCACAAAAGCACGUCAAGAACCCGGAAUCACGAUGCUCGGGCCAGCCGAGAGCGGACUGUUGCGUCUAGUGGAUGAACUCCUCCUUAACAUCAUCGAUCACGUCGAAGGCCAGGAUGCGCUUUGCAGUCUUGCUGCGACGUGCACGCGGUUUCAAGGCCUCGUUGAACCCUACAUCUGGCGCAAACUGCAAGUCUUGACGGGAGGACACGCGCAAAGGAUUGCCACGGCACUGGACAGCCGGGACGAUCGGACAGACUAUAUCCAGGAUCUGGCUAUCCGCUACAAAGAUGAUUGUCGCGAGGGGAUCGAGGAUCUGAACCAUUAUCUGAGUUUGAUGGGUAGGCUGCGUCAUCUGCAUGUCGAGAGCCCUUGCCCGAACAACUUGGAAUGGCAAAACGGCAUCUACUUUGAUGGAUACUCACGGAUUGAUUACAACAACUUGCUUGCAGCAGCAGUGUAUCCACGCGCGGGCAUACCGAUGACGUUGCCGAUGCUACAGUCGUUAACGCUUCACGCGCAUGGUUCGGGAGACAACAAGUUCAAGUUAGGUCGCGCAGUCGCGAUGUUCAAGCACCCAACUCUACGAAACAUCACGUUGUCGUGUUUGAACUUCGACGGAGAUCUCCAGAUAACCGAAUCAGAGAAGAAGACGACAUCCCUUCAGUCUCUGACGCUUAUUGAAUGCAACGUCAGCGUACCAUUCCUAGAUCACGUCCUGAGCCUGCCCAAAGCUCUCAAGGAGUUGUCGAUAGGAGAGCGAUUGCACGUCUUCCAGGAAUGCCAACCAUCCAUGGAUCCUGAACAACGCACAUCCUCAUCUCGAUUCCUAGUCGCGCUGCAGAAACAAGCACAUUCGCUGCAGCGCUUGACACAUUGCGGUGGUCACGUUGGCUAUCUGACCCAGCGCGACACCGAUCCCGAAGGCGCCGAAAAGCUACGCUCUCUCGUCGAGCUAGAGUACCUCGAGCUAGGUUUUGAAUCGCACCUCUACUACUACCUACGACAAAGCGGCUUCCCACCAUCCCUCAAGUCGCUAAAAAUGCUCGACUCCGCCAUCUCCAUCAAUUCAGGCCACGACCUCCGCUCGCUAUCCGACAUCGCCUUCCGCUCCCUAACCUCGCUCGUGGACGUCUGUCUCCCAAGAACACUUGCAGACGACUUCAUACUGCACCUCAAGUUCUCCGACCACUCUUUCUUCCGCCUCUUCGAAAUCGUCGACGCGACAGAACAAGCUCACCUCCUCAGCGCUCUCUUCUUCGACCGCGCGGCUACCUACAAGAUCGCCACCAUGCUCAAGUCAUACAGCACAAACGCCCACUUCAUUGUUUCGCGGGAAAUGUUUCCGUCGGGCAAGUCUUUCAUCCCACCGUAUAUGGAGGGCGAGGAGCUGCCUGUCGAGGAGUUGAUGUAUACCAGCGACGACUUUUGGCGCUUCAACGGCAUCAACUACCGCAUUAUGGAUGAUGAGAAUUGGAGGGAUGAGCUUAAGAAAGGGAAGAAGCUGUGCUUGGUCAGAAGUGUCAAGCCGAAGACUGAGAGUAUCAAACGCGAGGCUAAGAGUAUCGACGCCGCUAUACACAACAUGGAUAUGAUCUCCUACACCAAUGCAAGCUCUGCAGCUAUCCUGCAAAGCGGCUUACGGGCCCCCGCAAUGAACGCUGAAUCCCAGACGCCAUCGCACACCUCUUCAAACUCCGGUCCGUUGCCGGGCUAUACAUGCCUAUUCUCGCAACUAUCAGGGGAGCUGCGAAACCGCAUAUACGAUUGUAUCGUAGAAGAUGUUGGUUCGUCUGCCAUGCGCGUACACUACAAUCCUGAUCCAGCAAUGCCAUUCCACGAGCGAUAUCCAAAGCACAUGUACAUGGGCCUGACACAAGUUGACCGUAAAACGCGUAAAGAGUUCGCGCCCAUGUAUAUCAACGGUCGUUACUUCCACUUCUCCCAACUAGCUCACUUCUACCGUUCAGGUCUCGCUGGCAAGAACGAUGCAUAUCCCGCCUUAGUCCGCCUCCUAUCCAUGAUCAAAAAAGGACGUCUUAGACGACCAGCGGUGGCAGGGCUUGAUUCGCCAAACCCAGGUCUCGACGUAACACUCUUGUUCCGACUAGACCCGUAUAACUGCGAUGUCACAGGCCGCUGGUUCCUUGACACAGAAUACAAGAGCCACAGAAAUGGCCUUAUGACGGGCAUCUUAUGCCGCAUGCUCGCGUGUCUACCUUCAUGGUACCAUCUGUUGGAGCCGGGAGCCAUCACCAAGAUCAGCAUCUUGAAGUCUCGCUAUCGGAGUGGCAAGUCGUUCAUCCUCGUUACGGUAGAGCUCGACUCAGAGAUCGAAAUCUCGCGCGCUGCCAUCGUGCAUGCGCAUGUUGAGCAGGCGCUGGUUGCAGAGAUGGAUUUCUCGAUGCCCGAUAGCGGACCGGCGGCGUCGCGCAAUUUUUUGAGGUCUGCUUCUUACAUACACUGUCUCAAUCAACCACUUAAGAAGCGAGCUCAACUGGCACAACCCAACAUGGAUGCCGAUACAACAAUGAACGAUGCCUCCGAUAUGGAUGUGGUGUCGCGGCUUCUGGAGCUGCCCGGUGAACUGCGCAACCACAUAUACAGCAUCAUUGUCGCCGGAGAAGAAGAUCGAGGGGUCAAGCUGCAGCGCAAGCGCCGCGGCCGCUCCCAACACUCGAAACAUUCUCUGAGAGACCGUCACCCUAGUCGCCAAUUCCUCGGCCUUGCUCAGACAAACCGACUAUUCCGCUCCGAAUUCUGGCCGCUUUACACGAAAGCCCACCGCCUUAUCAUCAACAUCGAAGAGCUUGCCGAGUACCUUGAGGUCGUUCCGCACUCUGACGAAUAUAUUAAUAGCUCUAUCAUCAAUACUCUGAAAGCCGUGCGCCUCCUCAAGACUCCCAAAGCCGUUGAAGCCCCUGGUAUCGAUAUUCGGCCUCUUUUCCGCAUGAAGUGGAAAUCGUUCCCAUUCGUCGUUACCAAACGGUCCACGCAUCGGUAUUGCGAGGAGCACGAGAUAUUUCAUUGGCUUGUAAACACAAGCUGCCGUAGGAGCCGGACCUAUAACAAGAAGAUGGUUGCGAGAAAGGGACAGACUAUUCUUGUCGAACAAUUGGAGGAUAUCUCGGAUGAUGUGUGA